AUGACCGAAUCUCCCGGUUCCCCCCUCUCCUCGAUUGCGUCCGACGAAAUGUCGGAUCGCGAAGACCUCAAGCAUGCCUUCUCGCCGUCGGCCUCAACCCUGCCUCCUUCCAAGCGUCGUCGCACCGGUGUCGCGUCAUGGGAUCGCAAUACUCCUCUCUCGACCACAUUUCAAGAAGAUCUCCCACCGACCUCCCCCUCGACCUCGAUCUCGUCAGAUACCUCCGGCGACAUCCCCAACUCUCCCACCCUCCUGGCCCUGAUAGGUGGCAGCCAGGAUGACGACUACAGCGGCCAGGGCAACGACCAGGUUACCGUGUGUCGGUGGGAGGGAUGCAAUGUUGGCGAUCUCGGCAACAUGGACGAUCUGGUCCAGCACAUCCACAACGAUCAUGUCGGUAACCGACAGAAGAGAUACUCCUGCGAGUGGUCCGACUGUCCUCGAAAGGGCCAAACGCAUGCGAGCGGCUACGCACUGCGCGCACACAUGAGAAGCCAUACGAGGGAGAAACCAUUCUACUGCGCGUUACCAGAAUGCGACCGCAGUUUCACCCGUUCAGACGCCCUCGCCAAACACAUGCGAACCGUCCACGAGACAGAAGCCCUCCGACCCUCCGACCCCGUACCGAAAGGCCACAAUGUCCCAGCCUCCGCGAUGGGAACCCCUGCCGGAACCCCCGUCAGUAAACUCCAGCGCAUCAAGCUGAAGCUGUCGCAACCUAAGGACGAGGCAGACAGAUAUAGCGAGAUCGCCAACGAUGAGGCAGUCGUCCCCGAGGACCUCGACGAGCUCGAACUACCCGAGUUCGGUUCCGAGAUCGGGUUCGACGAGCACGAGCUCCAGCUCCGGCCUUACGAUCUCUACCGGCUUCUCCGUCGGCAGAUCCACUGGGCCGAGAAGGAAGGCCAGGAGCUGAAGGAGGAAUGGGAGAAGAUCAGGCCGAAGAGGAAGCAGGCGUGGCUGGAGAAGGAGACCAUCUUCGACGAUGUCAUCGACGCCGAACUCCGGUUGUUCAGUGCCAUUGUGGCCACGGAGGGUCUCCCAGCUGAAUCAGACAGUACCCCAAAUGGUGUCCAGAAACAGCAGCGAGGACAGCAUGUAGCUGUGGCUGAAGCCGAGGCGAAUCUGAGCCGCGACUCAAUGUCCAUUCCUCCAUGA